AUGGAAUGUAUUUUACUUGUAUACAAUGAGAAAUUUGAAGCAGACACCAAGCUACCACUGGGACAAGUAGACGUAUUCGACGGUGACUGGAAUUCACCAGAACUACAGGACAACAAAGGGAAAAAGAUGGAAAACAAAUGA